AUGGCACCGUUGGUUCCAGUUUCCGCCCAGGGUGGAAUGUUCCAUACCUUCCAGGGGGUAACGCCGCGAAAGCCAAUAACCGAUUCUCAGGAAAGCGGAAAGUCCACAAGCUCGAGCAGUUCCAAGAGAAUUACAACUCCUCAUGCGUGCGCUGAGUGCAAGAGAAGAAAGAUCCGCUGUGAUGGCCAACAGCCGUGCGGCCAGUGUCUCUCAAGCCGCGCUCCCAAGCGCUGCUUCUACGACAAGCACAGACAGCGGGUCAUUCCUUCGAGGAAGACGCUUGAGGCAUUAUCCCAGUCGCUUGAGGAAUGUCGGUCCAUCUUGAAGCGCCUCUUUCCAAACCAAGACAUUCACUCGCUGCUCCCGCUCUCUCGCCAGGACCUCCUUGGCUUGCUUGAACGUCCCGUGCUCGACACGCCGACGGCGCUUCCAUCGCCGCCUCUCAACACCUCACCUCUCUCUCAGGAACUGGAAUCCCCUGUGUGUUCCGGCUCUGAACGAGGUUUCUCCGCGCUUGAGCUGAUGCCCGGCCGGGAUACUGAAUGGGACGAAGAGCGUCGCGGCCGCGAUCCCAUUCCUAUCGAGGCCGACGAUGUGAACGCGCUCUCGCUAUCCGUGGACCGACAGUCGUCCUACCUUGGCGCUUCUUCAAUCAAGGCAGCGCUAAUGUGCCUGAUGAAGGUGCAGCCUUCGCUCCGACACUCGCUCACUACGCCGCUCCACACCGCCGAAGUUACACACAGCUUCCCAAGCUCGCGCCAAAAGAGCGCAGCGCCCAAGGAUAUACAACGCAUUCCUUGGUCAUGGAAGGGCCAGACGCUUAUUGACGCCUAUUUCAAACGAAUUCAUGUCUUCGUCCCCAUGCUCGAUGAGGCCGCCUUUCGUGCCGAUUAUCUGGAGGGUCAACGAUGUGACCCUCCCUGGCUGGCUCUUCUAAACAUGGUCUUCGCCAUGGGCAGCGUUGUGGCCAUGAAGUCGGAUGACUACAACCACAUCAACUACUACAACAGGGCGAUGGAACACCUGCCAAUUGAUGCUUUUGGCAGCAGUCACAUCGAGAUGGUGCAGGCUUUGGCUCUCAUUGGAGGCUACUACCUCCACUACAUCAACAGACCGAACAUGGCCAAUGCCGUUCUCGGGGCGGCCAUCCGGAUGGCUAGCGCUCUUGGCCUUCACCGGGAGAGCCUGGCUCAGGGUUCGAGUGACAUGGUUGCCGCUGAGACCCGGCGCCGCACUUGGUGGAGUCUGUUCUGCCUCGACACAUGGGCAACGACAACGAUGGGACGACCGUCCUUUGGCCGAUGGGGCCCUGCGAUCAACAUCAGGCCCCCCGAGUUUGGUGUCAACCAGGCCCGGGACUCUGCUCAGCAUGCGGGGAUCUUGCCACUCAUUGAGAACAUCAAGUUCUGCAAGAUUGCCACGCAGAUCCAGGAUUUGCUGGCAAUCUCGCCCCUCCUUCGUGCAGAUGACCGUUGCAAUCUCGACGGUCAGCUGGUCAAUUGGUACACCAGCCUCCCCUGGCUGUUGAGGACGACAGACCCUUGCGCCGAGCCUCUGUACAUCGCAAGGUGCAUCAUGAAGUGGCGAUACCAGAACCUGCGAAUGCUUCUCCACCGGCCCGUUCUCCUUAGCCUGGCCAGUAACAGCGCACUGCCCCAGUUGGCCGAGCAAGAUAUCACAGCCAUCGAGACAUGCCGUGAGCUAGCCAAACAGACCAUCGAGGAUGUUGCGCGGGAAUGGACUCGAAACCAAAUGUCUGGAUGGAACGCUGUGUGGUUCCUCUACCAGGCUGCCAUGAUCCCGCUUGUGAGCAUCUUUUGGGAGUGGAACAGUCCACGUGUUCCCGACUGGCACCAGCAGAUUGAGACGAUUCUUGAUCUACUAGAGGCUAUGGAAGACUGGUCAUUGGCCGCAAAGCGUAGCCGAGAGGUUGUGUGGAGAAUGUAUGAGGCAUCUCGACAGCCGUCCAUGCGGUCAGAGAGCCCUCUGCAGGGGAUGAGCAGCGAUCAAGGCCUGUUGUUGGCUGAGGCAGAGCUGCACAUGUCACCCAUUGGCCUGGAGCCGGAAGGGAUGGGCAUGAUGGGAAUGAUCGAUCAGCAUGGCCUCUGGGAUCUGGACGGCAUGUAUUGGGGUCAGAGCCCAGACCAGACGGUGGACUUUUCCCCUUACGACGUUAACGAGCAAAUGCUGCACAUGGACUACGGCAUGAUGGGCAGUCAGGCCACGGCCAUUGAAGGUGGCUUUUUUGUCCACUAG